CCCGAAUCUGUGAAGAUGUCGGCCGAAGCGACCAAGACGCCACCUGCGCCCGAAUCUCCUACCACUGCAAGGCCGCUUGAGAUGGACGACGACGAUGUUCAAGACCAGGGAACGCUGGGCGCUGAGGAGACUGCCGCCAAAUCCAACCCAACAACGCCUGCCGGAGCAAAUGCUCCCGCCGCCGGACCCGACGAUGCUCCUCCGCCGAAGCCGCCUCGGCCGUUGACCGAAGAGCAACGAAACCUGCAGACGCUAAAAGAGGCUUUCCCGUCCAUCGAAGACCGCGUAAUCAAGGCAGUGCUGAGAGCUAGUGGUGGAUGUAUUGAGGCUGCGUUCACUGGCCUCCUUGAGUUGACAGACCCCGAGGCCGCCGAGAGGGAUCGUCCGCCUCCACCGCCCCCGAGACCCGUUGCGGAGCCUGUGGGACCCACGUCGACCGACUUGUCGCAACUCGAGGCCGACGAGCGCUAUGCCCGUCAGCUGGCCGAGCACUACGAGAACGUUGGGGCCUACGAGGCGCGGACCUCAAACCGCGGGUACCACGGCGGCGGGCAGAGGCCCCGUGGUAGGGAGCAGACUAGGCCGGGGCUGCAGGACGACCCGCACGAUCGUGAGCACAGCUUCCUCGACGACGACCUGCCCGUCAUAAAGGAGAGUCUGCGCAAGGGGUUCAUUGAGACGCAGACAAAGGUCAACACGUGGUUUACGCAACUCAAAAAGAAGAUUGAUGAGACAUUUGACGAGGAGGACGAGCGCCAGGCCCAGGGAAGCAGCUCGUUCUUGGGCAGGCCGACGCGAGAUCAGGCGCGCAGGAGCGCCGACUAUGACCGCUAUGACGCGGAUCCCGAGCUGCUGAGCGAUGAUUUCGCGGGCAUGAAGUUCCACAGCGACGGCACCCCCAUCCAAACCCAACGACCCUUCGGCGGCAGCAAUCCCAACCUCUUCAAGCCGCCCCCGCCCUCCAAGUCCCCCAAACCUAGUGACGGCAGGAAGGUAUCGUUCCGCGACACGGUCGAGGACAUUGACGCCUACAACGCCUCGCCCAAGAUGCCGCCCAAGGACUCCGCUGCCUCCGGUCCCGGCAGCGGCAAUGCCAAGGCGAGCAAGUGGCAGCCGCUGUCCUCGGUCGACCCCAACCCGAUUGUCGAGAAUGACCCCUUCAGCCUCGGGGACAGCGACGACGAGCGCGAGGUAAAGACGGGGAGCAGGGAGAUCAAGAUGGAGGACACGGAGCGGCUGAGACAGGCUACGGCAGUCGCCAUGGCCGAUAGUUUGGUGGAGGAUAAGAGCAAGGGCGGGAGGGGGAGUGGAAGCGGUGAGGCUAAAUAAGGAUGGCGGCACGUGCUCAUUUUUGGAAACCGAAUACCUUGGUGUCUUUCUCCAACCGCCUAGGAACAACACGUCUGAGUUCAGGUAUGCGACUGCACUUGUCGUUUGUUUUGCUGGGACCUAGAGGACUGGGGGAACACAAAUAUCGAAUUGCGGCUUGUUCCUACGGUAUAGAACAACCGCAUUCCAUGAUGUCUCCAGUGACUCGAUGAUGAAUCUUUUCGUUCUUAACUUGUCACGUCCUACACCCGUACCUACAUAGCGUCACGGUCUCCCUCCAAUGAAAAUCGUG